AGAGCAAGGACGAUAGAUAAGGAGAAGACUACACCCAAACUUGUUGACCGACUAUGUAAUUACUGUGUAUGUGAGAGAAAAUGGUGCCGCUCCUGUUGCAGCUAACUUUCGAAUGUUGCUGGUGUUGAAGAAACACUGUGAGGUUUUUUUAUUUUAUUUAUUUCUUGUUCUGCAGUAGCCUAGUGCGGGAUCAUUUUUUGCAUCUAUCGGUUCGUGUUUUUUUGAGGUUGCAUUUCCAAGCGAUGGUGGCAGCAGAAGCAACAUUUCGGCUGGUGUUUGUGGAAGCCUUUCCAGCUUUGCAGAGUUGCCGGUUGAGAAUGCAAGACUGGAUGUAGCUGAUUGGAGUAGCGAAAUUGGUGAUCACACAGCGGAGUGGGAGGAGGGGAGAUUCUGAAGUGGGUUUUUCUGUGUGUGGCUCUCCAGCGGCCAUGUUAUCCAAGAAACCGUGCGCUGCCGUCUACCCAACUGGCAAAGGGGGUGAGAUCUGCCAGCUACAGUCUUCCCCCGGAAUCGGAGUCGGGGGUCCCCGGGCCGGAGCAGCGACAGACCCGCCAUCGCCCGUCACACUACCACCCCUCAGGAAUAUCAACUCGCUCACGGUUGGAGGCAAUAAGCACACCAUGAGUGACCACACGCACGUGGGGAACCACCAACAGAUCCACGUGGGGAACCACCAACAGAUCCACGUUCAACAGCUGUUUGAGGAGAACAGCAACAAACGGACAGUGUUGACUGCACAGCCCAAUGGGUUGACCCCCGUGGGCCGGGCAGGGCUACAGCUGCCUGACCGACAGCAGCCCGACAUCACCACUAGCACGGCCCAGUGUCGGCAGGGCAGCUCAGCCUCCCUCAAGUCCACCGACGGCAAGCCCCAGCCGGCCCCCCUGACCCCGGAGCAGGCCAUGAAGCAGUUUAUGUCCAAGCUGACAGCCUUCGAGCACCACGAGAUCUUCAGCUACCCAGAGGUGUACUUCACGGGCCCCAACGCCAAGAAGAGGCCGGGGGUGAUCGGGGGAUCCAACAACGGAGGGUACGAUGACGAUCAGGGCUCCUACAUCCAGGUGCCCCACGACCACGUCUCCUACCGCUAUGAGGUUCUCAAGGUGAUCGGCAAGGGCAGCUUCGGUCAGGUGGUGAAGGCCUACGACCACAAGGCCCACUGCCACGUGGCGCUGAAGAUGGUGAGGAACGAGAAGAGGUUCCACCGCCAGGCGGCUGAGGAGAUCCGGAUCCUGGAGCACCUGAGGAAGCAGGACAAAGACUCCACCAUGAACGUGAUCCACAUGCUGGAGAACUUCACAUUCCGUAACCACAUCUGCAUGACCUUUGAACUCCUCAGCAUGAACCUCUAUGAGCUCAUCAAGAAGAACAAGUUCCAGGGCUUCAGCUUGCCACUGGUCAGGAAGUUCGCCCACUCUAUCCUGCAGUGUCUGGACUCGCUGCACAAGAACCGGAUCAUCCACUGUGACCUGAAGCCGGAGAACAUUCUCCUGAAGCAACAGGGACGCAGUGGGAUCAAGGUCAUCGACUUCGGCUCCAGCUGCUACGAGCACCAGCGGGUCUACACCUACAUCCAGUCUCGUUUUUACAGAGCUCCUGAGGUCAUCCUGGGGUCACGCUAUGGGAUGCCUAUUGACAUGUGGAGCCUGGGCUGUAUCUUAGCAGAGUUACUCACCGGCUACCCUCUCCUGCCAGGCGAGGAUGAAGGGGAUCAACUGGCCUGCGUCAUCGAGCUGCUGGGCAUGCCCUCGCAGAAGCUGCUGGAUUCCUCCAAGAGAGCCAAAAACUUUGUGAGCUCCAAGGGGUACCCCCGGUACUGCACGGUGACGACCCUGCCGGACGGCUCGGUGGCGCUGAACGGGGGGCGCUCCCGCCGGGGAAAGCUGAGGGGACCCCCGGGGAGCAAGGAGUGGGUGACGGCCCUGAAAGGCUGCGACGACCCCCUGUUCCUGGACUUCAUCAAGCAGUGUCUGGAGUGGGACCCGGCCCUGCGCAUGACCCCCAGCCAGGCCCUUAGGCAUCCCUGGCUCAGGAGGCGCUUGCCCAAACCUCCCACGGGGGACAAAACGGCGGUGAAGCGCAUCACCGACGGGGGCUCUGGUGCUAUCACGUCAAUCUCCAAAUUACCUCCCACCUCGGGCUCCACCUCCAAGAUGAGGACUAACCUGGCACAAAUGACGGACGCUAACGGGAACAUUCAACAGAGGACAGUGUUGCCAAAACUAGUCAGUUGAAGGAACCGUAAACAACGCUAGUUCGUUGUCUAAUCUAGGUGAUCUUAUUGCUUUUUGUUUGUUUUUUAAAUGGAGAUGAUGAUGAUGUUUGUCUCUGAGAGCAAAAACAACUGGGAAGCCCAACAGUACUGCUCACAGUACUGCUCACAGUACUGCUCACAGUACUGCUCACAGUACUACUCAACAGUACUACUCACAGUACUACUCAACAGUACUAC